UCCGCGCCACGUCGCGGGCGAUCUCGCCGCAGGGUCCCUUGGAAGAGCGGUCCCAGGCGCCCCGAGCGAGCCCCUAACUUGGGGCCAAGUUUGUCAGCGCCUCUCCCCGCCCCCACGCGGCGCGCCAGGGCCGCGGCGGCCCCCGGGGAUGCCCGCCCCCGGUCGCCGUGAUGUCCCCACGAAGCUGCCCGCGCAGCUGCUGCUACUGCUGCCGCUACUGCUGCUGCUGGGGUCGCCGCGCUCCGUGGGCGCAGGAGUGGGCGCUCCCGCCGAGCUACGGGUCCGCGUGCGGCUGCCCGACGGCCAGGUGACCGAGGAAAGCCUACAGGCGGACAGCGACGCCGACAGCAUCAGCCUGGAGCUGCGCAAGCCGGAUGGCACCCUGGUCUCCUUCACUGCCGACUUCAAGAAGGAUGUGAAGAUCUUCCGGGCCCUGAUCCUGGGGGAGCUGGAAAAGGGGCAGAGUCAAUUCCAGGCCCUCUGUUUUGUCACCCGACUGCACCACAAUGAGAUCAUCCCCAGUGAGGCCAUGGCCAAGCUACGGCAGAAAAACCCACGGGCAGUGAGGCAGGCUGAGGAGAUGCGGGGCCUGGAACAGCUGCACAUGGACAUAGCCGUGAACUUCAGCCAGGGUGGCCUGCUGAGUCCCCAUCUUCACAACGUAUGUGCUGAGGCCGCAGAUGCCAUUUACACCCGCCAGGAGGAUGUCCGGUUCUGGCUGGAACAAGGUGUGGACAGCUCUGUCUUCGAGGCUCUACCCAAGGCAUCUGAACAGAUGGAACUGCCUCGCUGCAGGCUGGUGGGGGACCGUGGGAAGCCCUGCACCUGCCGCUAUGGCCUGAGCCUGGCCUGGUACCCCUGCAUGCUCAAGUACUGCCACAGCCGUGAGCGGCCCACGCCGUACAAGUGUGGCAUCCGAAGCUGUCAGAAGAACUAUAACUUUGACUUCUAUGUGCCCCAGAGGCAACUGUGUCUCUGGGAUGAGGACCCCUAGCAGGGCUGCUCUGGGCCCUGCCACCAAAGGAGGUGGCAACCCUACCUAAGGCCUUAAGUUCCCUUCCCCCACUCUGGCCCUGAAGCCUCGGCCUGCCUGCCUCUUGCAUGACUGUGAAAGGGGUGGGACAGCAGGGUCAUUCAUGAAGGCAGCCCCCUCCCACCCUGUGCCUUCCUUGGAGGCAGGGAGAGACAAAGCUAGUUCUCCACACUUGCCCCCUUCCCCUCCUCAUCUCCCCUGAAGUGUUCACUUUCAAGCAACCAAAAUGUGACAGCCUAGAAUUCAGCUCUUCAAAGGAUUAGAUCCUAAAAGGAGUCUCUGCCUAUUAUCCCAUCUCCCCACUCAUGACUAGAAGGAGCUGGCCUUGCCACACCUUCCUAUUCCCCACCAAUGAAAGGAUCUGCACCUCCAAAGAGGUGCUCUUGGGGACCCAUGUCACAGCCCCUGUGCCAGAUCCCAUGCAUUCUUCUUUCUCACAAGGCCAGGCCAGGUGUGGGGCUGAGCAGACGCCUACCACCCCUGACACUGACCACAUGUGCUUUUCCCCAGACCUGGACUUUGCCCCUGGAGCGGGCAUCCCCUCUUCCUCCCUCUAAACAGAAAUAUUUUUGUAAGGUUCUGGAGCAGGGAGGGAGUAUGAAGUACAAGGAAAACUUGAAUUCCAGAUUUUUAAUACAAAGUAUUUAUCAUUUGUACCAUAAAUAAAAGUUUUAAAUUUUUACUUGA